AAAAAUAUUAGAAAGUUUACAAAUAUUCCAUUAAAAUGGCAAAGUGGGAAGUCCAGGGAAAGACUUUUUUGAUAACCGGAGGAGCGUCUGGCUUGGGGUCUUUAUACGCUGAGGCUUUUCUCAAGAAUGGGGCAAAGAGUGUAGCCAUUUUAGAUAUUGCUGUGGAGACUGGCACAGCGACAGUUGAACGCCUUAACAAAAGUUAUGGCAAUAAAGUGAUAUUCGUGAAAUGUGACGUGAGCAAGGAGGAGGACAUCGUGAGCGCGUGGGACGCCGUGCUCGCUCAGUUCAAGCAGGUUGACGUCAUCAUCAACAAUGCUGGUAUCAUGGUUGACACUCUUAACAUGUGGAGAACUGCUUCUGAUGUCAAUUGGCAAGGAUUGGUCUCCUUUACAAUGAAAGGCAUCAGUCACAUGAGGAAGGAUGAGGGCGGAGCUGGUGGUACCAUCAUCAACAUAUCUUCAACUGCUGCUCUAGGAAAACCUGGAGCAUUGCCUAUCUACAGCGGUAGCAAAAUGGCUGUUCUACACUUCGGUCAAUGUUUAACCAUGGAACCAUUCUAUGACCUUACGGGCAUUCGAAUCCUCACAAAAUGUCUUGGAGCCACUGAUACACCUUUACUACAUAACCUGGAAACAAAAGCAUACGACCCCAAAGUUGGAAGGCUUUUAGUUCAGACCGUUGAAACUCAAGGAAUCAUAUUCCAAAAAACUGAGUUCGAUAUUGUGCCCGUGGAGUCAACAAAGAACAAGACUCCGGUGUUGCAUGUGAACUCCUCAGUAGCUUUGGAAUCGUGGUGUGUGAAACAUGUAUAUAAUUACUGCUACGGGGACUUGAUAGAGGAUUUCCUGACGCAUCCAAAGCGGCGACUCAGUAGGGUAUCAAGUCUGACCUACAAAAGAAUCAUGUUGCUUUUGAAUCCUACACUUCUGAUCAAUCCUGAUGUGACUACACUAUGGAAUAAGAGAAGGGAAUUGAUGUCUAAGAGGUUUCUGGACUGGGUUGCAGAGAUGCAGUUUACUAGACUGGUGCUUUCACGGAAACCAAAAUGUAAUGAUGCCUUUUCAUACCGGAGAUUUGUGAUUGAUCAUGUGAUGAGAGAAACAUCUGAGCGCCCACCGCACUUUGUGAGUACAAUAUUAGAAGAUGAAUUGGAAGUCUGCACUAUGACUGCAGACAAGUGCCCAAAUAACUACCAUAGUUGGGAUCAUCGCAGGUGGGCACUGGAGUUUGCAUGGAAGUAUAGGGCUGAGGUUGACAGUACUCUCAUUUUCUACAAUGAAUACAAAUUCAUUGUGAGUUGGACUGGUCAUCAUGUCUCAGAUUACAGCUGCUUUCAUUACCGGCAGUAUUGUCUCAAGAAGCUUAACCUACUAGAUGAAAGAUGGCCAGUAUUUGAGAAAAUGCUUGAGGCUGACUUGCGUGAGAAUGUUCAGAAGUUCAUAGAAACUCGUGAUCCAGCUCAGAAGACUAGCAAAAGCUUUAAGAAGACUAUUGAGGAUGAAGACAUUAUUGCUUACCUAUUUGACUAUGUUCCCAAUGAAUGCAGUUGCUACACUAAAUUCUAUGAAACAUGCAGAAAAAUAGAAAUUUACAUCUAUGAGCUAACACAAAACAAUGACUUUGUGAAGUAUUACAAAUAUCAUGAGGCUCUUUGGUACCAUCGGCGAUUUAUAGUGACCGAGAUCUUGACUACUAUGUAUGACUUCUUUGAAAUAGAAAGGGUUAAUGGCAAACUGGCUAGGAAGAAACUAUCGCCGGAUCAGAUGGAAGCAUUACAGAAAUGCAAAAAAUGUGGCAGUAGGUAUAGCGAAGUAACGAAAAAGGAGCUAGACUGGGUGUACCAUUGUCCACUAUUUAAAAUUUUGAUUCAACAUGAAAAGGAAGUAGUAGCUGAAAGGCGAAAAGAUAUGGACAAGCAUGCUGGUAGACACGAGAACUAUUUAAAGUGCGUACAUGGCUUAGCCGCACAUUAUUAAACUGCUAUCUUUUCUUUUUAAACUUGAGACUGGACUGGAGCUUUGCAUCAUAGAGCAGCAUAGAGGUUGUAGUUACAGACAAACCAAUAGCAAUUGUCUAUCAAAUAAGUGCAGUUUUAAUUUAAAACAAU